AUGGAUAGGAUGAUCGAGAAGCGUUAUAGACCCUGCUUGCUUCGCCAUGGGCUUAUACCGCUGCUCUUCAUAUUGCAAGUUUGUGAUGCCAUGAAAGGCCAGCUGUCCGUAACCACGAACCAACAAUUCUUGUCUUUUGAUCAAUUUUGUUUCGAAGACGGAUCUCUGCAGAUAGAUGUGCAGGCCCGUUGCGAAACCUGCUCAAGUGUCAACCUGCUCAUCUGCUCUGAGUCACAAUAUUACAGCAUCUACACUGCGAGUGAUCUAUGCUCGUUGCCUGCAAGCUCACUCUGUGAGCGAGCGAUUCCUUCGGUAGAUGGACAGAUCACAGCUCGGGCCAAGCAUGUGAAUGGCAAGAAAGUGUUUGCGAUGCUCAUGUGCUCCAACACCAACAAGCAGACAACUGCGGGCGUGUUGAUACAAUAUGAAUACUUGAAUAGCUUCGGGCAGCUGAGUUGUGAGUACAGAAACUACUCACAAGUGUACCUCUUUCUCACUGGCGUUUGGGUGUUCACGUCGGCUCUCUGGGUGCUGACGUGGGUCGUGCGACGAGACAUCAACGUAAUGCUGCAGAAGAUGCUGACGUGCGUGCCGAUGGUUCAGGCCGUGAACAUGGCAAUCACCCACAAAUUCUGGGAGGAUGUCAGAGUGACCGGGCAAGUUAUUCCAUGGCUGAACGUCAUUCGAUACAUCUCGAGCUCAAUCUACAGAGGGGUCCUCUUUACUGCUCUCCUCGUGCUGGCCAAGGGGCUGAUGGUGGUGAGGUGGGAAACUAACAUUACGGAGCUCAGGACUAUCCUCUUCUCACUCUGCUGGCUAGCGAUCGCGACCUUUACCUAUGAUCUCUUCCAAGGGCUCUUCCUCUUCAUGUGGGUGUUCAUCUUCAUCAUCGUGCUCAGGAUAAUCUUCGCUUCCAUCGCUCUCAACUACCAAGCUCUCAUCGGGCGGCUGAUGCACCUUGACAGCGAGAACAGGAGGGACACUGAGUACAACAUCCUGAAGGAGCUUGUCAGAGUCUACGCCUUCUUCCGCACCAGCAUCGUCACUUACUUGUUCGUCCAAGUCCUCCUCCAGAUCAUCCAGACUUUCAUGCUCUCCUACGACAUGCAGUUCGUCUACCCCGCUUCUGCGGAGGCAGCGGAUUGGGUUCUUAUCUUUGCGGUCGGCUGGAUCUUCAGAAGCCGGACUGUGUCGGUGGUCAACCAUGACCAGCCUGAGGAGGACCAGCAGCCGGAGAAGAAAGUUGCACUUGUUGUGCUGCCUCACGAGAAUGUCACGAAGGACGACAUGCUUGAGUGCAUCGCGAUUGCUGUGCCGGCUCGGCGAGUCUCCCGCAAUCGAAGGUCCUCCGAUCACGUGCAGGAGGGUGCCGAGGGAGGGCAGCAAGAGGAGCACAGCCAAGUCCUCGAAUUUCAUCCCGCAGAAGCCGGGGAAGGGACGGAGGAUCCGCAGGGAGGCGUAGGGGAAGGUCAAGAGGUCAGGGGAUACGGGACGAAUCGGAUACGGAGGCUCUCCACGGCUGUUGGAGUGCAGCUGGACUACAUUGUGCAGCCGGUGGUACCGGACCGGGAGCCGGACCAGACUGCUACGCACGAGAUCACUCUGAGGAUAGACGAUGGAAGUGAAGUGGAAGUGCAGGGAUAUUACUAUUGAUCGAAGGAAAAAUAUCUGAAUAUGUACGAUAGCGAGCGCAAAGGACACUGACUCAAAUUAUGCUUGAUUGCUAACUUAACGGGAAGCCCUUCGGUUUCUUGAUUCGAUGAUUGAAUAACUGUACAAGU